AUGGACGAAUCUGCACGCCUGCAGCUUCUCCGCCGGCGCUCGACGCGCAGCGGCUGGGAAUCCGCACGCCGCGCUCAAUUGCUGACCGUCCCCGGCGACAUCGACGAGGGCGGCACGUACGACGCUGCCGACUACGCCAUCACCCCGAUCGAGGACGGCCUCAGCAGCGACGCCUACCUCAGCAGGAAGCGGCACUCGGACGACGUGACGCAACGGUCAUCCCUGAUCAAGCUGGGCAUCAUGGCCGUCUUCUCCGGCGCCGUCAUCUGGGCGCUCGUCGUCGUCGUCGUGACUGGAUCCCAGUCCCGCGGCGACGCGGUGCUCGCGAGGCGUUUUGUGAACUGCGACGCUUCGGUGCUGGCGGCGUUCCUCCCGCCAGAUGCGGUCAUUGAGAACGUCACGGCCGUGCAGGAGGGAGGGACGUUCGGCGAGGGCAAGGCCAAUCGCUGGGUCAGUGCGGACCCGACCGACCUGCCGGCCCUGUGCGCCGUGGUUGUCAACGUGACCAGCUCGCCGAGCUCUAGCUACCGCUUCGGCAUGUUUCUACCCUCAUCUUCGUCGUCGUCGUCGUCGUCGUCGUCGUCUUCUCCUUCUGCAGCGGACACAGGCUCCUGGAACGGCCGCCUCCUGACGACAGGCAACGGGGGUUUCGGCGGCGGCAUCGGCUGGCUGUUCAUGGCGGAGGGGGCGAGGCGCGGGUUCGCCGUCAUUGCGACCGACACGGGCCACAACUCGAGCAGCACCGACGUGGCGUGGGCGCUGGGCGAGCCCGAGAAGCGCACCGACUGGGGCUGGCGGGCGCUGCACGGCUCCGUCGAGAUCGGGCGGAAUCUGACGAGGGGCUUCUACGGCGACGAGGCCAAGUACUCGUACUACUCUGGCUGCUCGACCGGCGGGCGGCAGGGGCUGAGAGAGCUGCAGAUGAACCCGGAGGCGUUUGACGGGGUGUUGGUUGGCGCCCCGGCCUGGUACACGACGCACCUGAACACCUACGCGGCCAAGACGGGUCAGUUCAUCUCCCAGCCGGGAACCCCUGGCCACCUUCCGGUGGAGAUGUUCCCCGUCGUUGGGGAAGACGUGGUGAGGCAGUGCGACGCGGACGACGGGGUCGAGGACGGCAUAGUCAGCCUGCCAGACCAGUGCGUGCCCGAUCUCCAGGGCAUCAGAUGCGACAACCCUGCAGCGAACAAGUCUGCGUGUGUGAACGAGGCGCAGGUGGAGAUGGUGAACAGCAUAUACGAGGACUGGCGCUGCGAGCAAGGCAGUCAAACUUGCCCGUCUGCGCAUCCAGGGGCGGAUCCCACGCUGCUGUACACGGCCCUGUCGCCCGGGUCCGAGGGUCAAUGGGCCGAGCUCUACAACCGGACGGAGCCGACGGCCUACGGGCUCGGCUACGUACGGUACUUUGUGUACGGGGACGAACGCUGGGACUGGACGAGGUUCGACGACGAGCAGCUGGUCCGCGACGCGAUGAGGCUCGACACGAGCGGCGCCGAGGCGGUCGAGUACGACCUCAGCCGGUUCCAAGACCGGGGCGGCAAGGUCAUCAUGUACCACGGCGACGCGGACGGGAUCGUGCCGGUGCGCGGGUCUAAUCUCUACUACGAGCGGACGCGCGAAGCAAUGGGAGAGGAGCGGAUGGACGGCUUCUUCCGCUACUUCCGCAUCCCCGGGAUGCACCACUGCCUGGGCACGAGCGUGGACGCGCCGUGGAACAUUGGCGCCUGGGGCCAGUCGAGCGCGUUUGGCACCAACGGGACGGCGUCGGUGGCGGGGUUCGAGGACGCCGAGCACGACGCGCUGCUGGCGCUGGUGGAAUGGGUCGAGAAGGGCAGGACGGUGGACAGGCUGGUGGCGACGACCUGGAACAAGUGGAACAACGUCAGCACGGGGGUCAUGAGGCAGAGACCUCUGUGUCCGUGGCCGGCGAGCGCGGUUUGGAACGGUGUUGGAGAUGUGAAUAUUGCCGAGAGUUGGGCGUGUCGGGUUGACGACUGA